CAAAAUAUCGCGAUAAGUAAAACAUAUUCCCAAAUCUGCAAUUUCCUCCGUUUAUCUCUCUGUCGAGAAGAAGACCAAUCUCUCUCUCUCUCUUAUCUUUUACUGUCAAUGUAAAGAACCUGUAAAGAAAAAGUUUCCUUCCAUCACCAUGGUUCGAGAAAAAGAUGUCUGUUGGGAAUAUGCUGAGAAAUUAGAUGGAAACAAAGUGAAGUGCAAAUUCUGUCACAGGGUCCUGAAUGGUGGGAUUAGUAGGUUGAAGCAUCAUCUAUCUCGUCUUCCUAGUAAAGGAGUAAAUCCGUGUAUUAAAGUUAGAGAUGAUGUUUGUGAUAGGGUGAGAGCUAUUAUAGCAUCAAAGGAGGAGAUCAAAGAAACUUCUAGUGCUAAAAAGCAAAAGAUAGCUGAAGUAAAAACUCCUGGCAAUAUAUCUGCUAGUAAAUCUCUUAUGCCUUUAGAGGCAGUAUCUUCAGUCACAAAAGUUUUCCCUACCAUCUCACCAAUGACCCCAUCCUCCUUGACCAACCAAGAAAAUGCCGAGAGGAGUAUUGCUCUGUUCUUUUUUGAGAAUAAGCUUGACUUUAGCGUAGCCCGUUCUUCAUCUUAUCAGGCCAUGAUUGAUGCAUUGGUAAAGUGUGGUCCUGCGUUUAUUGGCCCACCUGCUGAAACUCUGAAGACAACAUGGUUGGAAAAAAUCAAAUCUGAGAUGAGCCUACAGUUGAAAGAUAUUGAGAAAGAAUGGGCAACCACAGGAUGUACUAUCAUCGCAGACACCUGGACUGAUAAUAAAUCCCGAGCUUUGAUUAACUUUCUAGUUUCCUCACCCUCUAGAACUUUCUUCCACAAGUCUGUAGAUGCCUCCUCAUAUUUUAAGAACACAAAAUAUCUUGCUGACUUAUUUGAUUCUGUUAUUCAAGAUUUUGGCCCAGAAAAUGUGGUGCAAAUUAUCAUGGAUAGUAGUUUCAACUAUACUGGUAUCUCCAACCAUAUCCAGCAGAAUUAUGGAACUAUUUUUGUGUCUCAUUGUGGUUCUCAAUGUUUGAAUCUAAUCUUGGAAGAAUUUUCUAAGGUGGAUUGGGUGAACAGGUGUAUCUUACAAGCACAAACAAUAUCCAAGUUUCUAUACAACAAUGCAUCAAUGCUUGAUCUGAUGAAGAAAUUUACUGGGGGAGAGGAACUCAUAAAAAGUGGUAUUACAAAGUCUGUAUCCAGCUUCCUAUCAUUGCAGUCAAUAUUGAAGCAACGGUCGAGACUGAAGCUUAUGUUCAAUAGCCCCGAGUAUGCAACAAACCCAUCAGUAAGUAAGCCACAGAGCAUAUCUUGCAUUGCCAUUGUUCAGGAUAAUGAUUUUUGGAGGGCAGUGGAAGAGAGUGUAGCCAUAUCUGAGCCUUUUCUGAAAGUGUUGAGGGAAGUGUCUGGAGGAAAACCUUCUGUUGGUUCAUUAUAUGAUCUAAUGACCAGGGCUAAGGAUUCAAUUAGGACAUACUACAUAAUGGAUGAGAACAAGUGCAAGACAUUUUUAGACAUAGUUGAUCGGAAGUGGCAGGGUCAACUUCAUUCAACUCUACAUUCAGCAGGGGCAUUUUUAAAUCCCAGUAUCCAGUAUAAUUCAGAAAUAAAGUACGUUGGAUCUUUGAAGGAAGAAUUUUACAAAGUGCUGGAGAAACUGCUUCCUACACCUGAUUUAAGACAUGACGUCUCCAAUCAAAUUUAUACCUUUUUUAAGGCAAAAGGGAUGUUUUCUUGUAAUCUAGCUAUAGAGGCAAGGGAUACUGUUUCUCCUGGACUUUGGUGGGAACAAUUUGGUGACUCUGCACCUGUAUUGCAACGGGUUGCCAUCAGGAUACUCAGUCAAGUUUGCAGCACAUUCACAUUCGAGAGGCAUUGGAGUAUGUUUCAGCAAGUUCAUUCAGAAAAGCGCAAUAAGAUUGAUAAGGAAGCAUGGAAUGACCUACUCUAUAUCAAUUACAACCUCAAGUUGGCAAGACAAAUGAGCACAACAUCUCCAGAAUCUGACCCCAUUCAAUUUGACGACAUUGACAUGACAUCAGAGUGGGUAGAGGAGAGCGAAAACCAGAGCCCUACUCAGUGGCUUGACCGGUUUGGCUCUGCUUUGGAUGGGAGUGACUUGAACACAAGACAGUUCAAUGUUGUACCAAAUGCUACCAUAUUUGGUGCAAACGACCAUUUAUUUGGUUUGUGAUUAUUAUGCAAGUUUCAAGGCACCUUGCUCAAUCUCUUUCCUUUUAAUGUCCCUCGGUAGUCAGAUUAGACUUCAUUUUAGAUCAUUGGAAGGUAGUAGUGUAGAUUAUGGAAGGGUAGAAAUGGCUAGGAAGUGACUUUUGUAUAUUAGUGAAAAAUAGCAGAAACUUUCUGUAUAUACCUGCUAGCAUUGUAUGGCUAGAGGAAGGUAGAAUGUCUGUAAUUUAUGCGUGUCUUCAUGUGUUGCUUUUUAUGUGGAAAUAGUGUGCAUUCAACCCAACAGAGUAGAUUCUUUUUCUAAAGAGAAACAAAUCAAGUCAUAGACCUUAA